CUAUUCUCAACUAACCAAGGGAGAUUCAGAUUCAGAUUCAGAUUCAAAUUAUAGCAAUGAGAUGCAUCAUAGCUAACAUCCUCUUUCUUGCACUGAUAGCUUGCGGUAUCAAUGCAAGAAAAGAUGGAGGGGAAUAUUGGCAAGGUGUUGUGAAGGAUGAGAGAAUGGAAGAAAAUGGGUGUCAUACUUUGGGUAAGUCAUCAAUCUUCGAUGUCAAACCUAAAUACGAGGAAUCUUUUGCAAAGCAAAGGGCUAGCACCAUGGCUCAUACUGAUGUCAAUCAUGAUAUAGGUUUUGUGAGAAACUUUGAUCCGAGACCAAGCGCUACAGCCUAUGUUGCUAAUCUUAAGCCAAAACUAGAAAAAUCUUUUGUGAGAGAUUUUGAGCCAAGGCCUAGCACUACAUCUUAUGUUCAAAACCUCAAGCCUGAAGAUGAUAAAUCUUUUGUGAGAGAUUUUGAGCCCAGACCUAGCGCUACAUCUUAUGUUGGAAACCUCAAGCCUCAAGACGAGAAAUCUUUUGUGAGAGAUUUUGAGCCUAGGCCUAGCGCUACAUCUUAUGUUGGAAACCUCAACCCUGAAGAUGAGAAAUCUUUUGUGAGAGAUUUUGAGCCUAGGCCUAGCGCUACAUCUUAUGUUGGAAACCACAACCCUGAAGAUGAGAAAUCUUUUGUGAGAGAUUUUGAGCCAAGGCCUAGCGCUACAUCUUAUGUCGGUAACCUCACCCCUAAAGAUGAGAAAUCUUUUGUGAGAGAUUUUGAGCCUAGGCCUAGCGCUACAUCUUAUGUUGAGAACCUCAAACCUGAAAAUGAGAAAUCUUUUGUGAGAGAGUUUGAACCUAGGCAUAGUGCUACAUCUUAUGUUGAGAACCUCAAACCUGUAAAUGAGAAAUUUUUUGUGAGAGAUUUUGAACCUAGGCCUAGUGCUACAUCUUAUGUCAACAAUGUCAAGCCUAAAGAACAAAAACCUCAUGUGAAUGACUUUGAGCCGAGACCUAAUGUCUCAGCAUAUACAGAUGAUGUCAAUGCUAAGGAUGAAAAAUCUCAAACUAAAGACAAUGUGAAAGAUUUUGAGCCAAGACCCAAUGUUUCAGCAUACAUUGAUGAUGUUAGUUCCAAGAACAAGGAAUCUUAUGCUAAAGACUUUGAGCCGAGACCCAAUAAUUCAGCAUACACUGAUAAUGCGGUCGGAGGCAAGGCAGAAAAGUAAAAAUGAAUUAUCAGUGAAGUUUAUGUUGUUAUGUAUGUGCUCUUAUGUCACCUAUAUCACUAUUAAUGUUAAUGUAUGAUGGUGCAUAAGUUUAUGGUUUCUAAAUAAAUGUAAGUCGUGUAUGCAAUGAAAAUAUGUAUUUAAGUGAAAAGCAUUCGGGUA